UGUAUGUGUUGUAGGGUCAUGCUGGGGUCACAGGUGCGCGGGGAACCAUCGGUCAGCAAGGAUCUCCUGGAUCUCCUGGGUUACCUGGUGAAGUAGGACCCAAGGGGGACACAGGAGUUCAGGGUCUUGCUGGUAAAAAAGGAUCCCGAGGUCUUGCUGGAGCUCCAGGUCCUGAAGGUGCCGGUGGUCUGCCGGGGCCUCGAGGGCCCAUCGGGUAUCCCGGAUCUGAUGGUCAGCCUGGUCUUCCUGGUUUACCAGGUUCACCUGGAUCCAAAGGCCGCCCGGGUCACCGUGGAGAUAUUGGUCUAGAGGGAAGGGCAGGACUCCCUGGUCUGCGAGGUGAAGCUGGUCUACCUGGAGUACCUGGAGAAGGAGGACCCGAAGGGUCAAAGGGAGAAAUGGGUUUACCAGGAGACAGAGGACCUGCGGGUGUGAAGGGCAUGGAGGGAGCAACGGGGGACCAAGGCCUGAAAGGAGAGAAAGGUGCUAAAGGAGAACCAGGUGAGGUGGGAGAUGCCGGCAUGCUGGGACUGAUUGGAUUUCCAGGACCGAAGGGUCCAGAUGGAGAUCUGGGCUAUACUGGGGUUCCUGGACUCAAGGGACCAGCCGGUGUUCUGGGUUUCUCUGGUCCUGUGGGUCCGGUGGGGAUGAUCGGGCCGAUCGGGAAGCCUGGCGUUCGGGGACCUAAAGGAGGCCGUGGAGAGAUGGGGCCACAGGGGCCGCAGGGCAGUCCAGGGCCACAGGGACCUCCAGGUUCUCCAGGCCCGUCGAGACUCUUGAGGCCCGCUGUGGAGCCGCUGCUGGAGCCGGACGCUGAUCUGCAGCUGGAGGGUUUCCAGAACACCGAGCAGCAGAGCGCAGAGAUCCUGCGGACCAUUCAGUAUCUGAGCGGCGUCAUUUACAGCAUGAAAACACCACUGGGAACUCGAGAAAACCCGGCGCGAUUCUGCCGAGACCUGCGGGACUGCAAACACACCAGCAGAGACGGUUUGUUCUGGGUUGAUCCGAAUCUGGGCUGCACAUCUGACGCCAUUCAGGUGUUCUGCAACUUCACUGCAGGUGGACAAACCUGCAUAAAGCCGGUUACCAGUGAUAAGAUGCUGUAUGGUGUGGGGAAGGUCCAGAUGAAGUUUCUACAUCUGCUGAGCUCCAGUGUUUCUCAGAGCGUCUCCAUCUGCUUCAGUGAGCCGGCGGUGACGGACACACACUCGCACACACUGCGCUUUCACGGCUGGAACGGUCAUGUGUUCCAGAAAAACUCCAGCGCCGGUCCUGAUGAGAUUCUGCACAACUGUGAGUCCGUCUUCCUCCUCCAGACGCAGCACACUCAGCAGCUCCCCCUCGUGGGCAUCGAAGGUCUCGGAGAGCAGCGGCGGGUAGAAGUGGGUCCCGUCUGCUUCCUGUGAACCACUGAAGGACUUCCUGUUGCUGAUCUCAGACCUGCAGAACACAGAGCCUGCGCGGUUGAUCUGCGGUCUGCUUUAGUAGCGUAUGGAGCGGUGGAUGUGUUAAUGGUGCUCUACCUCCCUCACGUACAGGUGCUCGCGUUCUGGCAGAAACACACUCUACGCAAAUACGCCAUGGGGACCGCGGAGCGCUGGUUCAGUUCACUACAUCGGUGGGCAGAGUUUAUAUCAGAGAGGAAAAUAAUACGCUGGAUUAUUAUGCUGAAUGUGGGUGGCGCAGUGGGAAGCACGAUCGCCUCACAGCACUCAGGUCUCAGGUUCGAGUCCCGGCUGGGUCAGUUGAUGUUUCUGUGUGGAGUUUGCAUGUUCUCCCCGUGUUGGUGUGGGUUUCCUCCGGGUGCUCCGGUUUCCCCCACAGUCCAAACACAUGCGCUAUAGGGGAAUUGAUCAACUAAAUUGGCCGUAGUGUAUGAGUGUGUGUGAAUGAGUGUGUAUGGGUGUUUCCCAGUACUGGGUUGCAGCUGGAAGGGCAUCAGCUGUGUAAAACAUAUGCUGGAAUAGUUGGCGGCUCAUUCCGCUGUGGUGACCCCUGAUUAAUAAGCCAAAAAGAAAAUGAAUGACUGAUAAUGCUGAAAGUCCCUGUCCACAUGAGCACGUGUGCUUCUCCAUUCGUCCACAUCAAAACGCAAAAUCAGGAGACUAAUAGUAUCAGCGUUUGCUGUUUUCUCCUUUCUAAUUGGCCGACACCACUGAGUUCGCACUAAAUGCAGAAGACGUGAUUAAUGCAAAUGCACAUUCACAGCAAACGCGUCAUGUAUUGUACAUCGUUCACACUACGGGACGCUAAUCUGCUUCUGUUCUCAUGUUAGCAUUGAAUUGUCUGUAAUUUACGGUGGCCGGGAAGUGCAAAACGACAUUACAAAGUGUGAAACACUUUUAGAAAACAAGACACAAAACACUGUUACCAGUCCCCAAACACAUUUACAAUCACAGAUUCUUUACAGAAAGGGAAUGUACCACACACCGGAGAAUAUCAGCUGAUGUGUGACUUUGUAGGCACAGGUUAACACCAGUCCAAAGGCACAGGUUAACACCCGUCUACAACUAUAAAAAUCAUGUUUGACCAACUGUGAUAAUCAUCGGUUUGUUAUUUAGAGCUAUUCUGAGAAACAAUCAGCGUUAGAGAAUGUGGAAACAUGUAAACACAAGUACAGUUAACACCAGUCCACAACCAAAACACAGCAUAUGUUGACUGAUAAAGAAAUCAAACCUGACCUCUACAUGUAGUCCUGGUUAACUCAGAUAGAUUGGGCGAUUGAUACGUGUGCUGACCCUUUAGUGGGUUCGAAUCCUGCUGAUGACUUGUCAAUUAUAAUUAUUUCUUUACAUUAAUUUUGGUUUUAAACUGUUCUGCCACACAAAUAUUAAAGUCAGUAAUGUUUACACUGACACCCAGUCAUAAGAAUCUUUAUUCGGUAUGGGCAUGUGGUGUUGCUGUGAAAAGUGACGAAUCUGUCGAUCUGCAAAACGUGAAGAGUUUACAUCUGGAACGAGUCCCCAUUUAACACGGACACCAGUUAAACCGUAACACCGGCUCAGUUCAGUUUACUUUUAAGAAUCCUCAAGCUGAUGUUUACACAGUGUAGACUGGACAUCAUGUCCACGGUUACAGCGUACGAGUGGCCCUGGUUAAAAUAUUGAUCACAUUGAUGCAGUAUGUCUGGUGUUUCCGUCUGGUCCGCGUCCUUUAGAAUCUCUAAACACCGACCACACGUAAAGCAAAACCGCGUUCAGCUGCUCAUGUGUUUGGCACAAUACGGCCAAAACAACCCUCGACCGCAGUCCAUGUUCGGUCACCAUUACCUUUAAAUACGCCAUGUACUCCCCCGCACGAAUUUACCACGCUCACCAAUUCUUCUUCUUCUUUGUUGUUUGCUGGUGGUCAGCGACUAAUAUUAAGGUGCGUUACGGCCAUCCACUGUACUAGAGUGUGAGGCUGAGUUAACCACCUCCCAAAUAACACAAAAAAACAUAGAAAUAACUCCUUCAUCUUUAAAAUUCUGGUAAUUAGUCCUGCUCUUCCUAGAUAGUUUAAUAAACGUUCAUUGUUAUGACCCCCAAGUAUAAUUUUAAUGCUGAUUUCAGAAGAGUUUUGCUUUAUAAUUUCUUUCUUUCUUAUUUCUCCUCUAUUCUGAUUGUUUUACAGUGACAAAACGUGUUCGACCGACAAUAUCCCUAUCCCAAUUCUAUUGCCAUUGUUUUAAUAUGUCCUUCUUAACUAUAACUUUUGCUUCUGAUUUAACAGGAUAUUCAUAAUUUCGUCUAGCCUGCAUGCCUCUUUAGCUUAAACAUCUGCAGCUUCGUUCUCUUUAAUUCCCAUGUGUGCUGGAAUCCACAUGAACACUAUCAUCAUCACAUCUGUUCUCUGAAGAGACUGAACAUAUGACUACUUUCUUUAUGUCCAGUACAGAGCAGCAUCAUAGCCAUCAGCUCUACUGUAUAUAUUGCCAGGUGAUCUGUAGUAUUUUAAACACCAAAACCUGUCCUUCCCGAAUCCAAACUCUUAGAACCAUCUGCGUACACUUCACUAUAUUCUUUAUAUUUGGUCAUAAUUCUUCUAUUAUCCCUGAUCUUCUAUAAGAUCUUCUAUUAUCCCUGACAUAUUAGCAAUAUUUCUAUAAUCCUGGCUAUUGUCCAGUAGAUCCAAAUCAACUGAACCUAAAGGAAAUAACCAUGGUACCGCGCUCACCACCAACGAUAACAACACUUUUCCCCGUACUUUGCACUUCUGGUGUGUGGUUCAUUCCGCGUCACUUCCGGUGUGUGUGUGUGUGGUAUAUUCCCUUUCUGUAAAGAAUCUGUGAUUGUAAAUGUGUUUGGGGACUGGUAUCAGUGUUUUGUGUCUUGUUAAUGUUUUUUCUGAAAUGUAAAUUUGUUUGCUCCUUAUUGAAAUGGUUUCUCCUGUGUAAUUGUGUCUUAUGAUGGGUAAAAAUGUUUUCCAAAAUGUUCACUUGUCUCGAGCUUCUUAAAAACGUUUCACAUGUUCCCGGCCACCAAAGUAGUUUACUCAUGCAAAUACUUAAUUCUGCACUUGGUGUGAACCCAGCAUAAAAGAUUUCUACUGCCCCCUGCUGGUUCAGCAGGUAUUGUGCGUUAAAGAUGCUGCAUGGAAAUCUCAUCUACAGACUAAGAAAUAAAAUUCAGCGGAAGUGAAAGAUGAGAAUUUAUUCUCGUAAACAAACAAUAUGGAAAUUCUUUAAUGUGCAAGAGCUUAAUACAAUUGAUUUAUUUACUGACACUUUUUAGAUUACCCCAUAAACAAACGUCACAUUGACAACUUCAAAUCUUUCAACACACACAAAUGCAGUCGAUGGUUUUGUGAACACACACACACAGAGACAUUGAAGUAAUCUCUCCAGAAACGUUGACAUCUGAACAGGUUGUGUAUUUGCGUACAGUGUGUUUCCGGCCGUCAGGUGUGCAUUUUUGCGCAUUUUUCUGUUGUGUUGGGUCAUUUCGAUCAGAAUGAACCUAAUUUAUAUGAACAGUGUGUUAAGUUAUAUUCUACAUCACCUUAAAUAUACGUUUUCACUUAAAGCAAUGCCACGAGUAUCCACAUACAUCUUGAAGAGAACUGAUGGGAUGUUUGUGUUGUUUUGUUGGCGAAACUCUUAUUAUUGUGUUGUAAACCACUUUAAUAGAUCCCAGGUGAAUAAACAGGUAUACUGUGAUGUUUUCCAGCGAUGCUCGUGGUGUCCAGUGAUUUCUCUGUGGUGCUGCAGUAUUCAGAGUUCAUCAUUUUGGAUUUUCCUCCUUAUGUAUAUUUGGACAUUAUAUGUUUGUUUAUUUAUGUUAUCUUUGUGCGGUACUCCGGUAAAUUAUGCUCACCUUUGCCGUUUUCUUGGAAAUCUUAUUUAUGUCAGAUUUGGUUUUUUGUAUAUAAACACAAAUCGGGAGUUUAUGUUGUGUUCUGGCAGCUGCGAUUGGCCAGAUUCAGAUCACAUGAUCACACACACACACACACACACACACACACACACACACACACACACACACACACAGGAAGUGUAACACACCUGUUAACUUAUGAUUACAGGAUCAGAACUGCCCCUUAUAUAUGUGCCAUCGGGAACAAAGACAAAACAUGUAAAUAUUGAAUAUUUUGACAUUAAAAUGAACGUUUUAAUCCCAA